CUACUCUUCCACCUCGUGAGCUGCUCUGCCACGCGUCAUGGGGACAACGAAGCGCAUGUUUUUAUCGACAUGAUUUGAAAUCGCCUAUCCAGAGCUGUCCAUUGCUGCGGGUAUCACUAAGGCGCCCAUCCAACGAUCACGACGAUCAUGGCGAACCGCGAGCCAACCAUGCUGUCCCAUACCAACUCGUACAUCCGCGAGGUGCUCCACUCGUCUGAAGCACCACCCGCUGUGCCCGUCCGCUACUUCUACACGUCGCCACUUGCCAUCGACGACCCGCUUUCCCCGCUCCCUCCGCCUGCGCAGACGGCGUCGAGUGGGAAGAGGCAGCCACCGCGCCCGUUUUCCGAGUACGACAACGACGCCAUCAACGCGUCAUGGCUGGAGCUGAGGAAGAAGAUACUGAAGCACAACGAGGAACUGGGCGAGAAGGGCACGUUGACAAACCCAGCAGUCGAGCGGCUGAAGAGGAAGAGGGGAGGCAGCAGUGCGUCACGGGAAGAUGUGCCUAUGAAAGGGAGAGACAUUCCCCUGGCGAGGUCGAACAGCGGAGGACGCUACUCGAGGUCUGCAGAACUGGUCGCAAGCAGUAGCCCCAGCUCGAGCGGUGGGAGACAAGGACCGGCAAUGGGCACAUCGCUGAGGGCGCUGGACCCGGGACUGGCAUCGCCAUCUUCCGAGCCGACUAUUACGGGCACGCCUUUUAUCAGGGCCCCUUCCCGGGGGAACCUGGCCAAAGCAUGGAAGCCAGUGCCCAUGGACGGGGGCAGCCGGCCGACUAUACAUGAGGUGGACAGCUACAAAUGGGACGACGAUAUGGAGCCUGCCUUGUCAGUGGGCAAAGACAAAGGCCCAGCCAAGAAGCCGUCCAAGCCCAAAGCAGGCCCCUCUGCAAGUGUACCGGUAGGCGUGUCGAGACUACAUCAGGUCGUCAUGGACGCCGAGUCGAUACGGAUGGAGCCUAUCUACUGGUCGCCGCUCAGCGAUAUCGCCCGCAUAGUUAGAGGGACAUGGUUUUACAAGGACACGAUGAUGCCUGUCGAGGUCGAAGUCGCCAACAUGCUCGAGGCGGGCUACAUAGAGCUGCAGCCCUGGACACAGACAUGGAAGGACGAACUGAACAGCGCGGCUGAGGUGGGAGCGCCAGGGGAGAUGAAGAUUCUGCACAAGCUCUGGCCUGACAAAGUGAAGAGGCCGGAGAGCCGACCAUCCACUUCGCAGGAGAUGCGGUCGACAGGUUUAGUCCAGAGCACCCUACCAGACGAAGUAGACGAUCCAGAGCAGGAGCGACGAGAAACCGUUGAGGAUGCGUGCGACCUGAUAGACAUCUCGACAGGCCCUGAAGGUACCGACAACAAAGCAGCUGGGGACCUCGAGUAUGGCGCUGAUGGCACAAAACGUCUGUACUUGAAAGCUGGCAUAAUAUACGCUGACGAAAGGGUGGCACAUAUCCUGAAGCCUGCACUCCAACCAUCAGAUUACUACGGCAGAAGACCACUGGCCAAUUACAUCCGCAAAUCCAGAGCUAUUGGGGUCUGUGUCGUGCGUGGCUUUGACCAGGCGAAGUGGGAUAAACUGCAUCCGACCAAGAAUACAGUCACUGCUCGGAGAGCGCGUGAGGGCGUAUCGACUUCUCAAGCUGGAGCACCUGUUUCUCGGAGACAGAAAUCUGAUGCUGAGCUUGCUCUUUCGGAAAGACCAAAGGUGACAGAUCUAGUACUUGUCAUCCACGGUAUUGGGCAGAAACUGUCAGAGCGUAUGGAGACGUUCCACUUUACACACGCGAUGAACGCUUUCAGGCGAGAAGUCAACGUAGAACUCGGAACACCAAGCGUGAAACGCCACUUGCGGAAGGAUAUGGGUGGCGUUAUGGUGCUGCCGGUGAACUGGCGACAUCGCGUUUCUCUUCAAUCCGACGCUGCUGAUCCUGAGGAUAUCGAAGACCCUGCAGUCAACAAGUAUACGCUCAAGCACAUCACCCCAGAGACCCUACCUUCUAUCCGCGGUAUUGUUAGCGAUGUCAUGCUCGACGUUCCAUACUAUCUAUCCCCAGAGCACAACCCCAAAAUGAUCGCCGCAUGCAUACAAGAAGCAAACCGCAUCUACCGAACUUGGUGUGCAAAUAACCCUGGAUUCCAAGAGUACGGCAGAGUGCAUCUAAUCGCGCAUUCACUCGGCUCGGUCAUGGCUGUCGACAUCCUAAGCCAACAACCAACAUAUGUGGACCCCGAGCUCAGUUCUCUCUCAUACCCCGAGGAAGAUCUGCCUACAGAUCAAUUUGUCUUCGAUACUACCGACCUCUUCGUAUGCGGCAGCCCAGUCGGCCUCUUCCUCCUGAUGAAAAACGCCGGUCUCCUCCCGCGCCGCGACAAAGAGAAACCUGGCGCAGACUCGUACGCUGCGCCUGGAGUUGCCGGCGAACAAGGCACUUACGGCUGCCUAGCGGUAGACAAUAUUUACAACAUCAUCAACCCCUAUGAUCCCGUCGCAUGCCGCAUCAACGCCACCGUCGACGUUGUGUAUGCUGAGAUGCUGAAACCCGUCACCAUUCCUUCCGCGUCCUCGUCAUACUUCGCCUUCAGCAAUCCUUUCCGCCGCCAGGAUUCCUCAUCUGCUUACGAUGUCAACAAGCCGCCUACAUUCCGCCUGCCGUCGAAUGUGGAACUUGAAACGCAUAACUUCACGCGGGAAGAGAUUGCAGAGAAGAGAGCGUAUCUACUUAACGACAACGGCCAGAUCGACUUCUUUAUGAAGUACGGCGGUGGGCCACUGGAGAUUCAGUACCUCACCAUGCUGGGUGCACAUAGCAGUUACUGGCUCAGUAGAGAUUUCGUGAGGAUGAUUGUUGUAGAGGUAGGGCGGGGGUUGGGCAAGGAGGGCACGGUUCCCGCGAUGCGGGCUGUGAAGAAGAAGCCUGUUGUUGGAAUGUGAAUUGGCAAGUCAAAUCGGCGAAGACGGAAGGGGGGUUGAUUGCAAACAAGGCAGAAGGCGAGGAGAAGGAGUUUGUGGUCUUGGUAUACCCCGUUUACUAUCGUCCAUUGUGCUUUCCCAUUCUGCUCUAGAAUAGAGUAUAUUGUUUAAUACGCGAGCAUCUGUGUAUUUCCCUCUAUUUUCUUUAUCGUUCGUGU